AUAUAUUGUUUAGGAGAAGAUACGCAAGAAAUUCGCUGAAGAGGUGGAAUCUGAAGUACAUUACAACAAGGUAAAAAACGCACUUUGUCGACAUGCACCUGAUGAUAAUGUCCUAAACUCAGAGUACUUAUCAAACUUUGCCCUUGGUUAAUCUUGUUGUGCGCCUCCUCGAGGCUUCCCAGAGUUAUUUGGAUUCAAAUUCACUGGCUGGACCACUCCUUCUACGACCAAAUCCUCGUCACUGAAAAAAUUGUUGUUUCUUUAGUUGAAAUUGAAGAUCGAGGUGCAGCAUGCUAUACAACGCGCGACGUGCGAAAGGCAUUCUGGCUGCUUGAAGAGGCUACCUCCAGCUUCAGCGUCUCCGGCAACCAUAUUUUUACUGUUUAUGACGGAGGCCGCUCAUACUCAUCGACGCAGCGACACCAGCGUUAUCAUCUGACACCACCUGUUCUUUUCGUGCGCACCGCAUUAGUAUUCAGGCACGGGGUGCGCUUUGUCUACAAAGUGACAGUAAUUCCGAUCACCGAAAUAAAAGCUUCGACGUUAGUCCUCGUGGAUUGUCUCCGGAUCUUUGAUUCGGGCGACAACGACUCGCCUGAGGACGCGUCUUCUAGCUAGUGUUUAGUACAAAGACGCAAAAUGUUAAACCUCACUGGAUCCCAGCAGCAGCAGGCCAAGGAUGCCUUGCUCAAUCCAACGGAGGGUGGCGUCAUACAACUUCUUAUGGCCGAGCCGAUGUUGGCGAAGAGCCUUGUCCAAGACCCACAAGGUACAACUUCAUUCGUAACUUCAAAUCGCCGUAGGCAUACAAAUGUCAUGGCGCACAUGCUCAUUAGUUUUGUGAUAUGGGUACUUAUGUACCUUUUCAUCCUAUUCAUUGCAAAGAAAUGUAUGACGCCUUUCCACAGGUACUCUGCAAAAGAACAAAGCUUUGCAGGAAGCACUGAUGAACGACCCACAAAUGAAGGAAAUCGUCAAGAAAAACAUGGACGACCCAAGAGUGCAGCAAUUUCUCAAGGAGAAAGGUUUUCAAUUUCUUGCAACUUCGACAAAUGCAAUCCACGCAAUCCUGACCCUCACCUGACUCAAUUUUUGUUACACCUCCAAUGAGUUGUGGUUGUAGCAUACUGAUGAAACUGAAAUUGCAAAUAUCAAAUUUUGAAAAAUACAGCGAGGGAGGCUGCAACUCAAGCGGCAAACAAUUUCAGAGCGAGCGCAAUAGCAGCAGGCGCGAAGGGUCUACACGCAUUCAAGAAAUACGUUCAGGGAGGUCCAGCAGGGAUACAGAUGCUUUGCUUCCUAACCGGUGGUACUAACGUGCUCUUUCCCUUUCGUGUCUUGAUGGCUUUAUCUACCUUCUACAUCCGUAGUUUCAUCGAGUAGGAAACACAAAUAGAAUACUGUACUACAUAUUCAUAUCCUGCUUUCCUCGCUACAAUUCCCAUCAUACCCAACUUUCUAUGUAUCAUUCAAUCCGCAGUAUAUGACACGAAGACUGCGAAAUUGUAGUCAGGUUUCACGGUAGUAGUCGGAAUAAUAGGCCUGAUCGACGUUUUUGGUGCAAUAUUCUCCCCGUUCACGUUUAUUCUGAACAUUUACGUCUUGUUUUUCGGUCUAGUAACGGUAGUCGUCGAGGCAGACGAACAGAGACUAGCAGAUACACCGGUUCUGGAAUAUGCAGCGCCGAAAACAGUCGACGCACAGAAGUUUUUCAAUUCAGAAGCAAAAUUCCUCACAUUGUAUCUUCGUCCUUUUCCUUUUCUUUGUUGCUCCGCAACAUGCAUGUUAAGCAUGGUCAUGGACGACUCACUGGAUGGAGCAGUUGUAGAUGAAUAUGAAUUAAGUACCUGGAGCAUAGAAAAAAGUUGUAGUUGCUCGAUAUUAUGAAGAACUCCGACAUUAUCCUCAAGUAAUUUAGACCUAUUUGAUAUCCACGUUCUACCGAUUACUGAUCUCUCAGACUAUGGGGCCGGGGGCUCUUCUACAUCUUCAUCGGCCUCUUGAUGAUCACGCAGUCGUGCCUGGUAUGCCUGUUUUUCUUGGCUGGAGCUGCAAAUAUCACUGUCGGCGUUCUCUCACUCUUGACGCAUUUUGGGGUCGAUGUUGAUAUCGACUACAUGCAAGGUAAGCUACACUUGAUGAAGAUACUUAGUUUCAGGGAGUAAGAAAAUAAUUGAUACAACAUCAACUUGUAUAUAUUCGUUUUCUACUCCUAAUUAAGUACGUAUUUUACUAGACUUGAGCACCCGGUUGCACUGCUCCCACUACAGUCCUCCACUCCCUACACGCACUUCCUCCGUCCCGGCAUGCUUCCGCUUCCCCGGAUCCUUCCCCGCCCGGCAACCGUCUGGCGGAGUUGAUCGGCCGGACAGGAGUCGGGGCGGAAGCGUGGCAGUACUCAAAAAAUUGCCGCUGCAGAUCAUUACCCUCAAAGUUUGAACCUUCUUGAAAAUUCGUUUGCCAUUGAUAAAAUAAAAAUUAAUAAUUUUGAAUUUGAUUUUUUUUUUUUGGUGUUCGCUUGACACUGAUAAAGUCAGAAACUUUGAACUUGAGUAGACCUUAAGUUUCAAAUUUGAAAUUUUGAAAAUUCAAGAGUUUUUAACUAUAUAGCGUAAAGUUAGAUCAAAAGCUGCUACUUGCUUAAAUAUUUUUGAAUUCAAUUUUUUUUGGAAUUCAUUCCUCAGUGAUGAAAUCCAAAAGGUUUUAAUUUUAUCACCUAAGAUAAAAUUUAUAGCGCUUACUUGCUUAAAUAUUUUCCAUGCCAUGGCUCAUGCGUUCACAAGUUUACGAGUUCACAAGUUCCUGGGUUCGCGAGUUCCUGGGUUCCUGGGUUUGUGAGUUCCUGGGUUUGUGGGUUCAUGUUUUUGGCGUUGCAGUAUUUUUGGUUCAAGUGCUUUUGGUUCAGGUGAUGCUAUUCUUGGUUCAGGUGUUUCUGGUUCCAGUUGUUUUGGUUCGGAGGUUGGCGGGGACGUUGUUGAUUUUUUUUUUGCUCUUUCAUUUCAUCGUCUCUCUUCUAUGGUAUAACUAUAACGUGAGCACCAGCUAGAGAGAGGACCCAACUCAUGUUCUCUCUCACGACCUCCAGACCAAGCGGGCCAACUGUAUGAGCGAGUGUCUUCUGCAGCAGACGCUGACGCCUCGCAAUUUUCUUCUGCGGUCGAAUCUUGGAAGAAGAGUAGCGCAGCCUCGGACAAGCUCCUCAAGGCGUUGUAUUCACAAGCGACAGUAGGCGACGAAAAGGGGGAGCGACCAUCGGGUUUCUUCAAUUCAGGCGAAAGGGCCGAAUACGAUGCACGCGUGAAGCUCCAAGGGAUGACAACGCUCGACGCAAAGAAGGAGUUUGUUGCUCGAUGCAAGGCAAAGGGACUGUCAUGGUGAGAUUGCCUGCAGUUUGGAAUCCUAAGAGUUCAGUUUCUUGUUCCAGCAGGUGUUUAUUGCUGAAGCAAUGUUUUAAGUAGUCAUUUUAAUGUAAUUGUAGCGUAACAGAUAUGAUUCGCGUUUUGAUAUACUAGUGUAAUUGUCACGACCACGAGGUAGAUAGAAGAAAAGAUGUAAGAUUUAUAUACCAAAAGCAGCUGCGCGCUUUCUCGAUCUGCAUCCCACCGUGCGCACAAAAUGCCAAAUGUGUUGUCUCUCGUAUUCAAUUAGCAGAAAAAAUCCACGAUUGAAGUAAAUGCGACGCAACACUAAUCAAUGGUUUCGUCCCGUCGAGGAAGAACUAGUGCCUUCCUCUGCCAGAUGUUGCAGAUGCAUGCGAAAAUGAAGCUGACACUCUAUCGCAGAGGAAUGUUUGGCUACUUUCAAAGAAUUUGAUUUUUUUAGGGAGAAGACUUUUAUCGAAGAACUUCGAAAAUUCAGACGAGUAGUUCCCGACAUCUAAGUCAACGUUUCUUUUCGUUUUUGCCGCGUUGCUUCGACAUGCUCCUGUCCACACGUAAACGCACGAGAGGUCGCUAUGGUGACAUCACUCCGCAGGUGGCACUACCAUCCGGUUUCCACAGGGGCAAAACUACUUCCUUA